CUCGCCCGGCAAACCCAGAAGAGGCGGAGCCUGCGGGACAAGAUGGCGCCGUCCGUAGUACUGCGCUCGUUUUCGCGGCUGCUGGCCCCCGCCCGGCUGCCGAGCUGCUCUUCAGCACGGUCAAAGUUCUAUGUCCGGGAGCCAGUCAAUGCCAAACCUAACUGGGUGACAGUUGGGCUGUCCUUGGGCGCCUCGGUUUUCAUGUGGAUUUACCUCAUCCAACAACACAAUGAAGAUGUUUUGGAGUAUAAAAGAAGAAAUGGAUUGGAAUAAACUUUGGAAAUAAUACAGUCUGUUUCAUGUGAUGAUCAUAGUUAUUCUUCUGGAUUCACACAGAGUUGCAGAAAUGAGAAAGUUACAUGCGAAUAUCUAUCAGUCAAGUCAACACAUGCAUCGAAACGUUAAAUUAAAGAAAUAAAAAUACUGUGCUCUUCA